UCGCUCCCAAAGCAGUGAACUUUCCUUCCGACCACACGCCGGCCGCCAUUGGACCCCCUCCACCAAAACGUGUAUCGCUAUCAAUCUCUGGUCAAACUUUUCGCACCAAAUACCAAACCCCAUCUUUGAAUUCUUCUUUAUUGUAUACAAAAAUAAUCUAAAAAUGGAGCUUUGAAUCCAAUUCCUCUCGUCAAAUCAAAUCAGCUUAUAAAAGCCCAACGCCACCCACUGCCGCGCUGUUUUCUCCGUCGCCUUCUCCUCAGAUCUCCGCCCCUCUCUCGGCCUCUACGGUCCGAUCUGGUGACGGGUUUCAGAGAUUAGCAGCUGCAUUUUUGUUUUUCUUGUUUUGGGUUCUUUGUUUCUGCCGAUGGCGGCUACUGUGGGUGGUUUCACGACGUGCUUUACACGUUCGAGUGCAGAAUCUGUCGCCCCUUCGACGUCGUAUUCUGCCCCAGUUCGUGUGUUCGUCAAGCCCUCGAAGACCAAGAGAUUGGUGUUGCAGAGGGGAGCUUCUUGGGGCCUUAGAUGCGAGAUCGACCCCAAUACCGCCUCGGUUCGGAGCAGUCAGAUCGGUUCGAUCCCGCCUGCUCUUUCGGCUCUCGAAUUGCUUAAAACGUCUUCAGCUGACAGAUAUACAAGAGAAAGGAGCAGUAUUGUGGUGAUUGGGCUUAAUGUUCACACUGCACCAGUAGAGUUACGUGAGAAACUUGCCAUUCCAGAAGCUCAAUGGUCUCAUGCCAUUGGUGAACUCUGUGGUCUGAACCAUAUAGAAGAAGCUGCUGUUCUUAGUACUUGUAACCGGAUAGAGAUUUAUGUUGUAGCAUUGUCGCAGCAUCGUGGGGUUAAAGAAGUGACAGAAUGGAUGUCGACGAGGAGUGGAAUUCCUGUUUCAGAGCUUUGUAAGCACAGAGUUCUAUUAUACAAUAAAGAUGCAACUCAACACCUCUUUGAAGUUUCUGCGGGUCUCGAUUCUCUUGUGCUUGGAGAAGGUCAGAUCCUUGCUCAAGUAAAACAUGUUGUGAAAACAGGACAAGGUGUGGCUGGGUUUGACAGAAAGAUUAGUGGGUUGUUCAAGCAUGCCAUCAGUGUGGGUAAGCGGGUUAGAACCGAGACCAACAUUUCGUCAGGGUCAGUUUCUGUCAGUUCAGCUGCUGUGGAGCUUGCACAGAAGAAACUUCCAGAAUCUUCAUAUGGUACUGCUAAACUGCUGGUAGUUGGUGCAGGAAAAAUGGGGAAACUUGUGAUUAAACACUUGAUUGCAAAAGGAUGCAGGAAUAUGGUGGUUGUGAACAGAACUCAGGACGGUGUCGAUUCUCUAAGCAAGGAACUCAAGGAUGUUGAGAUAAUCUACAAACCCCUUUCAGAGAUUUUAGUGUGUGCUGCAGAGUCGGAUGUCAUCUUCACCUGCACCGCAUCGAAAACACUGUUAUUCACGAAAGAACAUGUAGCUAUGCUCCCUCCUGCACGUACAGAAACAGGAAGGCGCCUUUUUGUCGAUAUAUCAGUACCUAGAAAUGUUGAGCCAUGUGUAUCGGAACUUGAGACUGUAUCCGUCUUCAACGUAGACGAUCUCAAGGAAGUUGUGGCUGCUAACAAGGAGGAUAGACUACAGAAAGUGCAGGAGGCUCAGUCAAUAAUUGCAGAAGAACUAAACAAAUUUGAUGCCUGGAAGGAUUCUCUUGAAACUGUUCCUACCAUCAAGAAGUUUAGAGCUUAUGUUGAGAGGAUCAGGGCCUCUGAACUGGACAAAUGUCUGUCCAAGAUGGGUGAAGACAUCCCAAAGAAAAAGAAAGUAGCCAUUAAUGAUCUUAGCCUUGGUAUAGCCAACAAACUACUUCAUGGUCCAAUACAGCACUUGAGAUGCGAUGGCAGUGAUAGCCGGACUUUGGAUGAGAUACUUCAGAAUAUGUAUGCUAUUAACAGAAUGUUUGAUCUUGAGACAGACUUGUCUGUCUUGGAAGAGAAGAUUAGAGCAAAAGUUGAACGUGGCCAGAAGUAAUAAGCCCUUUUUUUUAAUAUAGUAUUUUGUUGAUAUUCCUUACAGUUAUAGCAUUCAUGUUGCCUCGUGACUGCUUGUAACUUUACACUGUUGGUGGUUUGGUUCCUCUUCCAUUGACGAUAAUCCCGCAUCGAUGGAAUUUUGGAGGGAAAAUCACCAAGUAAAGAAAUGAGGUUAUAGAGAGAGUAGAUUCAUGUGUAAUUCAUUUGUUAUUUUAUGGACAGUAAAAUAAAGAAAGUCUGGUGAAAA